CGCCAUGGAGACCAGAUCCGGGCUUGAGCAGCAGGUAGCUGAGCUAGUGCAGACAUUGAAGCAGCCCAACAGUCUGAUUCCGGGCAGAGGUUUGGCUACACCUCCAGUAGCUCAAUGUUAGUGGUGUGAGAGCUCCAAUCACCUAGUGGAGGACUGCCAGGCUAUGAGGGAGUCUACCACACCCCAGGAGCAGUUGGCCUUCAUCGCCAAUGCGAGGCGCCUCGAUCCAUACAGUAGAACAUAUAAUGAGGGGUGGCGCCAUCAUCCCAACUUUGCCUGGAGCAGCAACACCACUAAACCACCUGGUUUCCCAGCACCAGCAGGUGGUUUUCAGCAGAGGCAACCCUUCCAGGCUCGCCAGGGGCCAGACCCACAGCAGCAGCCCUACCAGCCUAGGCAGGGCCAGCCAUUCCAUCAGCCCCAGCGCCAGUUUGCCGAGCCAGCAGCAGCUCCGGCCCCAGAUGACAGGAUGACGAAGCUGGAAAACAUUCUAGCUUCAUUCAUGACUAGCACCCAGGCUGCUAUCACAUCACUGGAGGCAGGUCAGCGGAACCAGGGUGCCAUUUUGCAGGAUCUGCAGACCCAGGUGGGCAUCUUGGCCCGCCAAAACACUACCAGGGCACCGGGGACUCUGCCUGCCACCACUGUUCUGAAUCCUCGAGAUCCUCACCAGCAUCAGCAGCUGGAUGCCAUUUUUACCAGGAGCGGUAAGACCAUAUCUGCUGAUCCUAUCCCGGCCAGACAGGAGGAACCACUGCCUGCUUCAGCACUUCCAGCCGAUGAUGCAGAAGUGCGGGUGGAGAAGGAAGCCCCUGCUCCCAAGCCACAACCAGUGGUUAAGGAGCAUGUACCCCAGCUUCCCUUCCCCACUCGCCUACACAAGGACAAGCUGGAGACUGAGUUUGCCAAGUUCAUGGCAAUGUUGAAGCAGCUCAACAUCAGCAUACCGUUCAUGGAGGCACUGUCGAAGAUGCCCAAGUAUGCCAAGUUCAUGAAAGAUAUCUGCACCAACAAGAAGAAACUUGGGGAUCUUUCGACAGUGAUGCUCAGUGAGGAGUGUUCUGCCAUCCUGCAGAACAAGCUGCCCGAGAAGCGCAAGGAUCCAGGGAGUUUUACUAUCCCUCUUACUAUUGGCAGCAUGCAUGUAGGAAAGUCCUUGGCGGACCUAGGCGCUAGCAUUAACGUCAUGCCAUAUAAGUUGUAUAAAAUGCUAGACCUAGGUGAACUUAGCCGUGCUAGGAUGAGCAUUCAAUUAGCUGAUCGUUCUAUUGUGCAUCCUAGGGGAAUCAUAGAGGAUCUGCUUGUUGGUGUUGGUGCAUUCACAUAUCCUGUUGAUUUUGUUAUUCUUGAUAUACAUGAGGAUGUGGAUGUGCCCUUGAUUCUAGGUAGGCCAUUUCUUGCCACCGCCAAGGCACUUAUUGAUGUGCAUGAUGGUAAAUUGAUCUUGCGUGCUGGGAAUGAACAGGCUACUUUUUCUGUGACUGAGUUUGAUCACUGUGCUAUGAUUGCUGUCACGCCUGUGCAUGCUAUGUCUGAUCAGGUACACGAGCCUUUCGUAUAUCCUUCUGCUCCUCUCAUUGUGCAGGACCCUCCUAUCAUUCCUUCGCCGUCACUCCAUCCAGCCUCGCCUCCGAACAAAAAGCUCAAGGAGGAGUGGCGGCCGAAGCAGCAGGUUGCUAAGCCUGCACGGAAGAAGAGUGGAGACCACUAUGAGCUGGUCCCACCUCCUGCACCACGACCACCCUGGCCGUCUGGGUACUCGCUCACCUGCAUCUUACCAGAUGGGCAGGUCGAGCUGACUGAUGAUGGUGGUCGCAUCCGUCGGGUGCAUGGCCACAACCUGAAGUUGUACCUCAAGAGAGACGUGGAUCCGCUCUUGGAGGCACCUGUUCCUGCACCGCCCUGAGUAUCCACCAUGGGCGUCCAGCUAAAAGACGGUAAAGAAGCGCUUGUGGGGAGGCAACCCCACCACGGUUUGAUUUUCUUUCUUGUGUUUUGAGUCGGAUUGUAACCCGGUGUGGGUUUGGUUUGUUUUCUUUUGGUUUGGAUGAUAUUUUAUUGGGCUGACCAUUGAACCUAACAUAUUGUGUCUGAGCUCUUCUGUUUCCCUUCGGCUGUGCUUGCCCCGACUGGCCCGUUUCCAGUCUCCUGCAGUCCAUGCAUACCGGUAACAUCGUUUCCCUUAUCCUUCCCUCUUCUCCAUUGAGGGCAAUGUCGAGCUUAAGUGUGGGGGGAUGUUUAUCUUUUGACUGCAUUAGAUCCGUUUGUGUGCUUGGAGCCUAGUCCACUAUCCAAAUUUUUAAAUUUGAGGGCUCCAAGUACGUGUUUCCAUGCAAUUGCCUGCUCAGUAUGCUUUGAAUUGACAGUCUUUAUAGUAAUAUGCAACCUAGGGAGGUAGUGUAGCACUAUGGAGGAUGUUGAUGCAUUUAAGAAGUCUCAUUUCUUCUUCAUAUUGAGUUGGUUGAUUGAGUGAAUUAGUGAUCUUAGGACCCUUGAAUUGUGUGGUGUUGUGGAUUCUCUGCCUGUCAUGGACUCUUGUAUCAUGUUUUGAGUUUAACAGGUGCUCGAAAAUGUGCUUCAAAAUAACGUCUCCCGUAUGAAUAGGGAGAAAGUGUGUAAGGGGAGACGGGAAUCCAUUCCCAAUUUUCACCUACUACCUCCAGCCCCCUUACAUGUCUUUCCCCCGCACGAGGCUCGAGACAUCCGCUCCUGGCAUGGCCGGUAAGAGCAGGUUGGGACCCUUGGAAAAAAGAGAAGAAAAAAUAACAGAAAACAAGCAAAACAGAAAGAAAAGGGGUUCCAACCAUCUUUAAGCAGAAAAUAGAGAACCUAUGAAAAAUGUGAGUCCAUGAUCUUUUGUUUCUGAGAAUCUCUUCAUCCACAGUUCAUUUGUCCUCUGUUCACUGUUUGCCAUGAUGCCGACUCGCCGAAGAAGCUAUGAGAUGACUUGUGCGUCGGUUGACCUCGUAAGCUGCUAAAUGAUCUAGGAAGUCCUCUAUCUACGAUCUGGGUUGUUUGUUGCUAUAGAGGUCUGGAGAGUUGCAUGGGUUUGAGUUAGGUUUGCUUGGGGACAAGCAAACGGUAAAGUGUGGGGGAGUUUGAUAACGAUGUAAUUGCACAUGUUUGCGCCCCUAGUUCUUAUCCGUUUGAGGGGCAUAGUCGUGUUUUUUGGCCUAUUUUAUGCCGGGUUGUGCUAUUUUGUCAUGUUUCAGGUCCCAGGCGUCAAAGGGAAGGCUAACCACGAGUUUCAAGGCAUUCGGAAGUCGUUUCGGUGAGCUGCCAAAACACGGGCAGCCUAAAGCAUUACACGGUCGUGUACUGCUGGCCGUGCUUUUUAUGCCGAGAGCAAAUUUGGUUUGGCCAAUUCAGUUGCAAACACGGGCACUGAAGCACGGCCGUGUUCAGUCAAAGCACGCCCGUGUCCAUCGCGAAGCACGGCCGUGUUUCCACCAGCUGCUGGCCGUGUAAUUAAACCUUGGCCGAGACACGGGCGGAGUCAGGCAAAGCACGGCCGUGCCCUCGACCGUGCUUUGGCCACUGAUGCUUUUAAGCAGAGUUUCAGCCACAAUUCAAGGGGAUUCGAGUUUUUGAGAGAUAGAACGAUUUCUAGAGAGAGAAAGUGACGAGCAAGAGUUCCCAAGUGCCCUAGAUUGAUCUUCAACACCAUUGGAGGCCAGCUUGAGCUUGGAGAAGUGCCAAUCAACGUCCAGAAGCAGGAAUCCAUCCUUCGCAGUAUGAAUUCCGUGUCUGAUUCUGCUUUUGCUUUCUUCUCCAUGGAGUAGUUCUCCCAUUCAUCUGGGUAUGGAGAACCCUAGAUUUGUAUGUUAGGCUUUGAUUGUAUGAACCCAAGUACUGAUUCUGUGAUUGAUUAUAUUCGAUUGAGGUUUUAAUGAUUGAAUGACUUGAAUCCUGAUCAAAUUCCUGUUGUUUCUGAUUUAACCUAGAAUGAGAAUAUCUGCCUAGGUUAAUAGAGUAUCCUUGAUUGAAGGUAGGGAGUUGGUGACUUUAGUCGAGGAACCAACUCACUAUUCUGUACCGGAUUUACUCCGGUAGUGGAGGUUUUGUUCUUAGGGCCUCAAUCUGUCUACUCCGGUGGAGGUUAGUCGCCCGCUAGAGGUUCAGAUUGAGAGGGUCUGAAGACCUUUAGUCGAGACUUCAGGCUGUUUAAGAACCUUCCGCAGUAUAAUCUUCAUAGAAACUGAACUUGGUAAUUGCAAUCCGGCUUAACUGCAAUCUAGGGGGAACCAUAUCCGGGUGACCUCUUUAACCUGAAUACAACAGUUUACUUGCU